AUGUCUGAGGACAAAAAGACCGUGGUUCUAGCCUACAGUGGAGGUCUUGAUACAUCUUGUAUCUUGCUUUGGCUCAAAGAACAAGGGUAUGAAGUUGUUGCAUUCAUGGUAAGAGGAAUUUGUUUCGUGAUACUCACGGGAUAACGAGUCGCUCGAUCUGUUCGAAGCUUAUCAUUUUAUACUGUCUCUGUAAAAUUUAUUUUCAUUGAAUCCGAUUGUCUGUUCGAUGAUUUCGACGUGAAGAAGACAACCCGUCUUGAUUUGAGUUUUUUGGACUCCUGUGGUGAGCUUUAUGUACAAGUUUGUAUCUACCGAUCGAUGGAUGACUCCUUGGUGCAAUAUGCAAAUUAUUAGGAAUUGAAAUCAAAAAUUGUAUAGUAGCUGAAGUCAAGCGUGAGUUACGGUAACCUAGAGAAACAGUAAACUUAUUCAAUUCUUUCGAAACGACCUAAUUAUGCUGUGAUAUUGACUAAGUCUUCCUAGAUUCAAGUUUUUUGAUUCGAUUGUCGUUUUUUCUCAGGCAGAUGUGGGACAAGAUGAAGAUUUCGAGGAGGCGAGGGCGAAGGCCACAAAACUGGGCGCAAAAAAGGUCAGCGAUAAUCCAAAGUUGCCCUGAAUUGCCACGUAAUAAUAGCUCUUUUUUUUAUGAAAGAUUACAUGUAUUUAUAAUGAUAACGCACCGUGAAGUGUAAACUAAAUUUUGAUUUCGAUUCACUGGACGUUGGUAAAAUUAGUUUCUCAAUGAAAGCAUUCAGAAAAAGAUAUUUCUUGGAGGAUGCAGUACAAAGCCAUUUUCCGGAGCUUUGAAUUAAAAUUGAAACCUUUUUGUGGGUGAACUAAGCUAUCGUACGUUUGCCCAAAAACCGCAAUUUUUAGUUUGAGUAAGGAUGGGUUUUCUGUAAUGGAAAUUAUGGUAAUUGAAAAGAUAAAUAAAGAUUUAUUGAUCUUCUUUGCCAGGUGCCUUAAACAAGCGCUUUUGGUACACCAGUUUCACUUUGUGUAAACUUUGAGAAAUUCGAUUUAGUUUACACUUUUUUCUUGGUUUUUACUUAAAUAUUGCCCAAUUGUAAAUUCUAUAUUUACUACAUGGAGAGUCAAUAUUAGUGAAGAAUAUUAGAGUAUCUGGUGGGAUGUUUUCUUCAUAAAUAAUUAGGAAUCCUUAAUUUUGGGGUUUUUAUAAGUAUAAGUUUUUGUGUCAUUUGUGAAAAUCUUGUGGUUAUGUGCAUGGUCUUGCAGGAUUUAAAUUAAAAGGCUCUCUUUCAAAGGGUAACAAACAUUUUUUCAUGACCACCAUAACAAUAAUUGGGUCUAAAUGAUCUAUUAAUUUUUUUCUGGAGGUUCUGAAAACCAAUUAGUAGUAAAUCAAAUGGAUUUAAUAAAAGCCCAUGGGAGGAGGGGGGGGAAGGUAGGCUUGAUUAUCAGCUGCUUUUCAGGAAAUGAGCCAUCCCUCCCUCCUAAAUCAAGUGAUUAUUGAAGACUGAGCUGGUGAAAAGGGUAGAAAUCGAGCUAAGGAGGGAAAGUGUGCACUCCCUAUUUCAGCCCAAACAGGUGUAUGCUACCAAAUAGGGCAUGGUUUUUAAGUCAUGAGUUUUAACAGGUUAUCCAAACUCAAUAUUUAUUGUCAUGAAUAAGAUGUCUUAUCAGGCCAGAAGUCUUGAACAGGAUGUAAAAUGAGGGUGGUGCACAGUCUCCAUCCCUAGUACUAACAAUUUUUUCAAACCUAAUUCCCAAAAAUUCUCAACCUACCUAAAUCAGGUUGAAUUGCGGUAAUCUGUAACAAUUUUUUGCUGUGAUUAGGGUUAUGAAACUAGUGGAUUUUGACUUAACCAUUUAUACCCUUAUAUCAGCAUGUAUAUUCUCCAUACUGUUCUCUAUACAUUUCCUAACAAGCUGACAAAGAGAAUUUUUAUACCAAUCAAGAGCUUCUUUAGUUGGUGAUCAUUUCCUUUAUUCUUGUGAGAUUAAUAUUUGAUUCAGUGAUGAUAUUGUAAGGAGAAAUUAGAUGCUAGUCACUCCUAGGGGUCAAAGGGUUGAAUAAGGUCUGAACUGAGGGAUUACAGUUGUACCCUUAUCCCACCUUUACCCCCUCAACCUCCACCAGGGACAAAUUAAGGGUGUUGAGAACUUUUAACUGAUCUUAACAUCUUGGAGUCUUUUCAAAUAAGUUAGUCACAAAGUCCUGUAUUUAGAACUUAUUGGUAUCUUACACUUGUAGUGGUUUUGGGUUCAGUGUAACUUGGAUUUGAAUCCAAGGGUCUCUUACCAUCCUGUUGGGUGUUUCACUGCUUCCCCUUUUUGCCUUACUGCUACUCAAAGUCUGAAUACAAAUUUAUCCCUUUCCCACAACUUCUUCCACAAUCAAAUAUUUACAUGUAUGAAAACAAAUUUGAUCUUGGCCCUUACAGAGGGAAUACUUGAAGAUUAGAAUCUAAUUAUCAGACUCUUUUCUCACUGAAUUGUUUACCUGUAAUAAUGUUUUUUGAAUGGCAGCUAUAAAACAUCAUUUUCCAAACAUGAAGUCAUUAUGUACAGUAUCCCUUGAAAAGCAUAUUUUUUCCAAUUUGUACCACAGGUGUUUAUUGAGGAUUUGAGAGAGGAAUUUGUCAAAGAGUUCAUCUUUCCAGCUGUACAAGCUAAUGCAAUUUAUGAAGAUCGCUAUUUGAUGGGAACAGGUAGGUGUUAUAUCUACUUUUUACUUGGUGUUAUAUCCAAUAAAAAUCUCCAAACAAUGACUUUUACAACUUCUACUUCAACAAUUUCUUUGUCAUAGCUGUUGCCAGGCCUUGCAUUGCUCGUCGUCAAGUCCAGAUUGCUCUUCGUGAGGGUGCAGAAUAUGUGUCCCAUGGUGCUACAGGAAAGGUAAAAUUAGUAUAGGUAAUAACAUGAUUUCAAGUGCAAUUUUGUGUUGAUAAGCAUGGGUAAAUUAUUUUUCAAAGAUAAGGUCAAGUGCAAUUUGUAGUCUUUGAAAAAUUUACAAAUGUUUAUUACACCAAAUUACAAGAGAAAUCAUGUUAUAUUUCUUGUAAUAAUGUACUUGAAAAAACAUCACAGAGAGUCAAGGGAGACAAAAUUUUGAAAGCAUGUGUGCCCUAUUUGUAAUUUGCACUUGAGUUACAACUUUGUAUUCAUGUUACAACUUUGCACCUGUGUUACAUGAGAAUGCACUUGUUUUCAGCCAAUCAGAAACACAUAAUUUUUUUUGUACAUUAUAAGAUCCCUUUCAGUGAAGGUUGUUGUUGUCUUUGCAGCCAUGUUGAAAUCAAGGUUUUUUUUUAUCAACUGGAACCAUAAAAAUACCCAGUGAUCCCAAUUUUGUAGCUUGAAGCUGUCAUCAAAUCAAAAUGAUUUGUUUGGCCACCUUGAUCCAAGCAUUUACUGAAUGUACAUGUUGUCUGUAGUCUGUGUUUUCACAACUUUCUUUAAAUUGUUUAAUGUAACAUUGAGUUGAAAAUACAUUAUUUAUUGACCUAGUGCUAAUCAAGGAAUUGUAACCUUAAGUACUUGAAGAACCAAUAACUUUCACUUGCCUAAUGGUGACUAUUAAUUUAUGAAUUUAUUUAACAGGGUAAUGAUCAAGUGCGUUUUGAGAUGACUUAUUAUGCACUGUAUCCAGGGGUUAAGGUAGGUUGAAAGCUAAGCAUUGACAUUAAGGUUUACCUGUUUAACAGAUGUAUGUCUGUUCAGUAAUGGCACACAAGAGGCAGCUGAGUACGUCACCUGCAGGAAAACUACCAAAACUCACAGAAAAACUACUUCAACUUACAACAUAAAAAUGGAGUUUGUUUUACAAAAAAUGUCUUCCACUAAGAAAUGUUGAAUUAAGUGAUAUUUGAGAUUGAAAAAUAUCCUUCAUGGAUAUUUAAACUUGGCUCCCAUGAUGAGAUUGUUAUCUUUGUGCCUGAUGAUAUAACUGGUACAGGGCGUGGUGAGGAAUAACAUGUUUUCAAAUCAGACAAAAUUCUAGUACUUUUUCAAUAUUUUUACAAUAGCAAUUAUAUCAUUUUUGAAUCCACAGGUUAUUACUCCAUGGAGACUUCCAGAAUUUUAUGACAGAUUCAAGGGAAGAAAGGACCUGUUUGACUACGCAGAAGUAAACAUUACUUUACUUUACAAAGUUACUUUUCUCUUUCUCAGUACUUGUGUGUGUAAAAUGAGUAAAGUGUCAAAUUUAUGAUUUGAAUCCCAUUAACCAUAACAAUUUUUAUCAAAAUAAUUGAGAACACAGUUAAUUUUCAGCCUUUUUCAAUUUUGCUUCUUGUAAGCAUUGCAUACCAAGGCCCAGUUGUAUAAAGGAUGGAUAACACUAUCCUGCAGAUAAAUGACUAUCCAGCUGAAAAGUGAUUGCAAAAUUUACUGUGGUAUCCUCAGGAUUGAGAUUUAUCCAGUGCAUAGCAUAUUCCAAGCUUCAAAGAACUGGGGCAAGAUGAUUAACUUGUUUAUAAUUUCCCUGCAGCAAAAAGGCAUACCAUUACCAGUCACCCCAAAGAAGCCAUGGAGUAUUGAUGCCAACCUUAUGCACAUAAGGUGAGGAUUUUACCACAAAAUUAAGUUCUGUAAAGAGUUUUUAUGGUGAUGUUUUGAGCCUUAGCCCCUCAUUAGAGCAAAGAGAAGAGAAGUUCUGUAAAGUUUACUAAUAAUUUAAACUAUAAUUAGCUGAAUAUGACCUUAGUUGUUUUACCCAGUUUUUGAAUUGCUAAACUUCAUGUGGAUAUCACAGUACUAUUAUGUAUUAAUUACUGUCAUCACUUGUUUUGUUCCAGUUAUGAAUCUGGAAUUCUUGAAAACCCUAAGGUCAGUGAGUGGUAAUUGAUCAAUGGGUUCAUGGUACUUUCAUCUUUAUUUUUGAAGAUAUUGACUCAAAGGAAGCUUAAGUUAUCUUUUCUGUUGGGAGAAAAGAUUAGUGAGCCUCCCUCAAACUGGAUUUUAACAUUUUGAGCCCUGUGUCUUUCUAAGGCCACUGUCUUGUGUUUUUGGGUAAGGCACUUGAUAUUGCCUGAGUACUAAUUCCUCAGGUGGCUCAGUCUUCUAUCGAAACCUUAUGUCUUUGUAACUAAAACCUGCUUUUUCCUUCUCAGACCAUGGCUCCAGAUGACCUUUACUGCUUUACAACUGAUCCAAAAUCUGCUCCUGAUGAGGUAAGCUUUUAAUGUUUCUUGUUUAUAAUUAUGAAUUUCCUUAACACAGACUUCUUCAAUGUAUCAUGCAGGUGAAGUGCUCUCAUUUACAUUUUGAUCAGGAGGCAAAGGGUUUUAUAAAUGAUGCAUAAUAAUAUUAAACCCAACAUUUAUUCUGUUAGCCUUGGCAAGUUGGGCUUCCUGGUUAAAUAUUAUUAUUAUUAUUAUUAUUAUUAUUAUUAUUAUUAUUAUUAUUAUUAUUAUUAUUAUUAUUAUUAUUAUUUCAUCAUCAGUUUUAUCUUUGCUUAUCUUCUUUCAUCAGCCAGAACAGCUCGAGCUUGAGUUUAAGAAAGGUAAUUAUUUUAAAACUAUACUUAUAAAAUAUCCUUCCUUUAAGCAUUGUUUUAAAUGAAUGUUUGUCUUAUAAAAGUAAUUUUUAAUACAUAUUUCAUGUAAUUUUUUGAUUCUCAUUGGUUUGAAAUUGACAUAAGGCAUAACUCUGAGCUGUCAGAUCACUUGAGGCUGACUUUCAGAGAAAACAAUAUUUAACUAAAGGUCUGGAGGUCCUGAGGUGUGUUUAUCAGUGUGAAGAUAAGCUGGUAACCUGUGAAGUCAGAAAGCAAGGGCACAGGGGAAAGAAGAGCCUCAGACAAAGCCAGAGAAAUUGACCUUGUAUGGAUGUCCUUGAGCUUUCGUUUCAUGGAUUUCUUUUGACAUGCGCAAAUAACUUUGCUGUCCUAAGAGUCUCAGCUACUUGUCCAAGGGACCUGUUUUUUUAAAAGUUUUUUUUUUUUAACUUGAAGCAAGUAACACACACACACACAGACAUGACCUCACUCACUGUUAUCUUUUAAACCCCAGGUGUCCCAGUUCGAGUUCAGAACUUGAAAGAUGGCACAGUUCAUGACAAACCAUUGGAUAUUUAUCUUUAUCUUAACAAAAUGGGGUCAGUAGAACAUGGCUUGGAGAUAAUUAUGUGGAAAUAAUUCAGUGUGUUAAAUUAGGUAUGGUUCUGAUUUGUAUCAUCGGAAAUUAAGAGCGACCGAGACGUACUUGAGAAAUCAGGAUUUUGUCCCUUUAUUCGUCUUGCGUUCAGCAGUUUUUCUCAUGCAACAUUUAGGGUGAAGAGAAAAGUAGACAUUCUCAUAACAUUAAAAAACAUUUUACUGAUAAUCGUCAGUCGAAGUGAAGGUCAGACGACCUUUUUUGUGGCAUGGUAAUGAAAAAAGAAACAGCUUUGUACUCUGCCACUAUUUUUGCCAUAAAUAAACCAAUGAUGUAUUACGGUAGUUACACCUGGUGAAAAUAGCGGGUCAUUUUUCACAUCCCAGUUGUUUUUCCCUUCAUGUUUUAGUGGACGCCAUGGUGUUGGAAGAAUUGACAUCGUGGAAAACAGAUUUGUUGGAAUGAAAUCCAGAGGUGAACGUUUUGCUGUAUUGCAUGAUGUCCUUAAAUCCCUUGGCUGUAUGUGUGUUUGUAAAUGAUGUCAAUAUGUUUUCGCUAAGUCAUGUCAAAAUAUGCUUGCUCGCAUUGUCAGCCUUCCUUUCUGGCAAUGGAAAAUUAGGAGAGGAAGCGGAGAAAUCCUUUCAUUUUGUCUUGUAACCAGCGAAGAGGCUGCUGCACAAUGGGAAAGACGUAGCUCGCGUUCCAUGUCCUUCUCUCUCCCCACUUCUUGCGAAAACUUGCGCUCUAAAUUGUUACUCCAGGGCUUGCUACUUAGGCUGUACCGUAUUUGGUACAAUACCAAUGAUUAAGAGCGCUCAAUAAAGGGUUUGUUACAGUUUUUCCUCAUAUCUAUUCUAUCUUUCAAAGGAAUCUAUGAAUGCCCCGGUGGUACCAUAUUGCGAGCUGCGCACUUGGACAUUGAGACAUUCACAAUGGACCGGGUAAGUUGUGAGAGACGUGAGUUCAUUAAAUGGAUGCUAAUAUAAAACCAUGCAGAGUUGUAUGAGAGAUGACGUGUAAGCGUUUUUCUCUUCUUCUGUAUGGAAGGAAUUGCGCAAAAUCAAGCAGAUGUUGGCCGGCAAGUUUUCAGAGCAGGUUUACUAUGGAUAUUGGUACAGUCCUGAAGGGGAUUAUGUGCGUUUCUGUUUGGACAAGAGUCAAGACAACGUGGAGGGAAAAGUGACACUGGAUCUUUUCAAAGGAAAUGUAUGUUUUCUCAAUUCUGUUACAGUUUUCGUGAAACUCUGUGGGUGCCUGAAAUUGUCUCCUGAACACUGUAUAAAUUACGUUAACGGUUAAGGUUGUAAACUUAUGGGGUAUAUUGGCAACAUGCACGACACACAUAAGAACUCUACCACCAAAACGCACGUCUGGAAAUGAAUUCUUGGGCAUUAUUUUUGUCCAUUUUGCGCUGCUAUAGUGAGCCUAUUGCCUUCGUUAUGAAGUUGACUGCCUGAAACGCUCGUGGCGUACUUGCUAGAAGCCGUAAUUCUAAUUAAGCAAGCUUUGUUGCUAUUUUUGUUGUCAGAAGUACAUGUAACUAUUUCAGUGAAUAUUUAUUUGUAUUAAUUUUCUUGUGUAAGGUUUACAUCAAAAGCCGUGAGUCUAAAGCAUCCCUCUACAACGAGGAAUUAGUCAGGUACAUCACCUUGUUCUUUUAUAGGCCCGAUAAAUGUCUGCUAAGUUGCAAGUCUGAGUGAAUUUCCAAUUACCCAUGUUCCAUUUUAGUAAUGAUGGUGACUUCUGCUAAGGUUAUCGAAACAUCAGUCACUACUACCGACAACAAUCCUUCUUAGAACUACCUUCACCCGGACGAUCAGACUGCACAAACAUCUCCGUUUCUCGAGUAACAUUAAAGUUCAAAAGAAUUUCUUUCAUUGAGGAAAUUUUACUCAUCCAUUUAUGCAAAUCCGUUACUGAGCGAUAGAUUCCUCACUUAGUUUUGCUUUAAAAUUGUCAAUCAUUACUUUGAAGGAAAUACGAAAAAUGUACGAGUUCUUAUUUCUUCCUCAGCAUGGAUACCAUUACUGGCUACAACCCACAAGACGCAGCUGGCUUCAUCAGAAUUAAUGCUCUGAGGUAAUGAAACAUUCUAUACGUACCCUUAGUCCUUCUUAUGUAGCAGAGGGAAAGCUGAUCAAAUUUAUCGACAGAGAAAAAAAGUUAAUUGGGUUAAAAGUUAAAGGUUAAAAGGUAAAAAGUUAAUUCUGCCUUUCUUCACCUCGUGUCUGGUUUAGAGUACUUCUGUCAUUCUCUUAACCAAUCAGCCUGAAACCAAUCUUGACUUGAUCCGUCGCCUUUUUCUUCGCCUCAGGGGAUCUUCCUGUUGCAAUUUAGUUCUCCUUCUUCCUUAUUAACGUUUGUGUUUACUUUGGCGACACUCAAUCGGAAUACAAACAUAAUAGUCAUCAGGUAUACUAGGCCAAAUAAAUUAUUGUGGAAUGUGUUAAAAAAAAAACCCAUUUACGAGAAAAGAGGCUAGAGUCCAAACUCCGUAGAAAAUAUGUAUUAAACCUGUUGCAUGUAAAUGAACCAUAACAUUUGGCUAGAGUAAAAACUCCGAAACGUCUUAAAAUUCGAAACAUAGGGGUAAAAAAUUUGAGCCAACAAAAGCUCAUAAACAACUAAAACUCCAUGAAAAACAAACAACAACAGUAGGCGUACCUAAAAAACGGAGUAUUUACCGUAGUUGAUCUUCUUUUGUAUUUAGCCAAGCGCCUCAAUAAAAGGAGGUGGCUUGAAGUAUGAUUAUAUGAAACUCCCUUUUAAAAUCAAGAGUAAAACCCCCAAGGGUCAUCAUUUAUCGCCGGGGGAGGGAGAAUCGGGUUUUGUUGUUGUUGUGUUGUUAAUAUUCCUAUCAACACCCCCCCCCCUCCCCUCAUUAGCAGUUAAUUGUCAGUCAAUUUUCUAUCUUCCCUCCUUUAUAUUCUGUUGGCGAUGACUGAUCCACCCUCCAUUCCCCCUGAAAACCAAAUGACCCCACCCCUCCUGUUUUAUUCUGCGGUGAGUGUAAUUAAGAAUUCAGUGACCACCUUGAGCUUUGCUUGUUUAUUCUUCUGUUUACUCAAGGCUUCGUGAACACAGCCGACUCAGAAAAGCGCUGAACAAGGGUGAAGAAAAUGGCGCCUGA